AUGACCCGUCACUAUCCGCGUGUCGAAACACAUUUUAUGGUCAAACGCGAAUUUACCAUCACUAACAAACUGGGCAUCCACGCCCGGCCUGCCGCCCAAUUUGUCAAAACUGCGAAUCGUUUUUCAUCCGAGGUCCGAGUCCUCAAAGAUGACGACGAAGUGGAUGGCAAAAGCAUUCUUGGGCUCAUGAUGUUAGCCGCCGGUCACGGAUCGGUCAUCACCCUCACCGCUGAGGGAGAUGAUGCAGAAAAUGCCAUUCAAGCUCUCGACUCUCAUUCACAGGAACAGAUUUUCCAAGGCACCCCCGUCUCCCGAGGGAUCGCCAUUGCUCCCGUGCACGUUACAGCCAGAGGCUUUCAGGCUCCUGAUCUCUAUUCAAUUCACGAGGACGCCAUUGCGCAGGAGAUUCGCCGCUUCGAAUACGCGCUGGGCAAAACGCGGGACCAACUCCAAAAACUUCAGAAAAAAAUCGAAACAAUCUCCGGUGACGAAGAAGCUAAAAUCUUCGAAGCUCACGUCAUGAUUCUCAAUGACCCGAGCAUCCAUCAAAAAGUCAGUGAAGCCAUUAAGCGCCGGAAACAGAAUGCCGAAUUCUGCUUCUAUGCCGUGAUGCAGACUUUGUUGGAGGCCAUGCGCCGUGUUUCUGAUCCCUACCUCCGUGAACGCACUGUAGACAUCGAGGACGUAAGCCAACGCGUCUUACGUAACUUCAAAGACGAAGACCAUUUUUCCUCACCAAAUGAGCAACACAUCCUCGUGGCCUACGAUCUCAACCCUUCUGACACCGCGGCCAUGGAUCGGAAUAAACUUCUCGGUUUCAUCACCGAGGCCGGCAGUGUCAACUCUCAUACCGCCGUCCUCGCCCGUGCUUUAGGCAUCCCAGCCAUUAUCGGGCUUGAGGGAGCAGUGCUCAAUUUCACAAGUCUCGCCCCCGCCAUUCUCGAUGGCUACACCGGAAAAAUCACCCUCCAUCCCAGCGAGGAAACUCUUCAUUUCUACCGUGAAGAACUUCAGAGACGACAAGAAGCUCGCUCCGCCCUCGAUUCGCUCAAAGAUCAAGAAAGCGCCACGACGGACGGCCACCAUAUCACCCUCUCUGCCAAUAUUGAAUUUGUCAGUGAACUCGAUCUCAUCCGCCAGAAUCGCGCAGAAGGCAUCGGACUUUACCGCACCGAAUUUUUUCUACUCGAAGGCCCCGAACCACCAACGGAAGAUCAACAAACUCAGAUCUAUUCAUCUGUCGUCCAACAUGUCGCCCCCCAUGGCGCCAUCAUCCGUACCCUCGAUGCAGGUGGCGACAAACUUCCCGCCGAACCCCUCUCCGAGUCAGAACCAAACCCCUUCCUCGGUUGGCGAGGCAUCCGGGUCUCCCUCUCACGCACUGGACUUUUCAAAGAACAACUCCGUGCCAUCUUAAGAGCGAGCGCCCAUGGCAAAACUGGGAUCAUGUUUCCACUCGUCUCCGGGCUUUCGGAAGUCCGCCAAGCUCGCGAAAUCCUUGCGCAAUGUAUGGCCGAGCUCGAUCACGACGGCAUCCCAUAUGACCGCGAGCUAGAAGUCGGGGCCAUGAUCGAGGUGCCUUCCGCCGCCCUCAUGGCAGAAGAAAUCGCCCAAGAAGUCGACUUCUUCUCCUUCGGCACCAACGACCUCAUUCAAUAUACCAUCGCUGUCGAUCGCGUGAAUCACCGCGUCGCCAACCUCUAUAAACCGACCCACCCUGCCGUCAUCCGCCUCAUGAAAAUGACCACCGACGCCGCAAAAAAGCACGGCAUCUGGAGCGGGGUCUGCGGAGAAAUGGCAGGCGACCUCGCCCUCACCCCCCUUCUCGUGGGCCUCGGUAUCGAUGAACUCUCGGUUGGCCCGCACGAGAUUCCCGCUGUCCGCAAAGCCAUCAUUUCCCUUGAUAAAAAGGAAUGCGAAAACCUCGCCCAUGAAGCACUCAGUCUUCCCAGUAGCCCAGAAAUUCUAGUGCUCUGCGAAGCCAUGGCUCAGGAAAAAUAUCCCGAACUUCUAAUUUAA